GUCUGUAGCAGACCCAUGGCCCUUUUCAAUCCCCAUCACACACUAACAUAGCACCACGUUUACAUCCUCAAAAAAAUUCGUAAAACGCACACUUAUACCCACAAAAACUCCUCUUUUGGUUUUUCUUGUACUCUUAAUAUAUCAAAUGAUGAGAAAGAAUAGAGGUUUCAAGAUCGGCAAACGGUUUGUCCGGAUCUCAACUUGGAUCUUCAGUCGGACGCGGAUCCACCCACCGGGUUGCAACUCCAUAGGCCCAUCAGAAUCAACAUGCAGUUCGAAGUCAAAGUCCUUAUCGAAAAUCAUCAAUUGGGGCCGUCGUUUAACAAAAGGAGCUAAAUCAAUUUGCAGUGCAAAACCCCGGUCGGGUUAUAUACCCGUGGGUCAUGAACCGGUUUGUGAUAAACCUGUUCCAGUACCAAAAGGGCAUUUGGCUGUUUAUGUGGGUCAAAAAGAUGGUGAGUUUCAUAGAGUUUUGGUGCCUUUGAUUUAUUUUAAUCACCCUUUGUUUGGUGAAUUAUUAAGAGAAGCAGAAGAGGAAUAUGGUUUUAAUCAACAAGGUGGGAUUACCAUUCCUUGCCGGUUUUCGGAGUUUGAGAGGGUCCAAACCCGGAUUAAAUCGGGGUCAUGUGGAAGGAAGCUGACGUGGAAACGUAACCACCAUUGAGGAAGGGUUUUUUUUUUCUUUAAUGAUGAUGACGACGAUGAUAUUGUUUAGAUGGUGAUUAUGUUAGGAAUUUUUAUUUAGGCAGUGGUUUGCUCUUUUGUUUUUUCUUUUUCGUUUUUUACUAUUGUUUUUUCUCUCUCUCUUUUUUCUUUCUUUUCUUACCAAUACUUAUUGUAAUGGAUAUUUAUACGUUUAAAUUGAUAGAGAGUUUGUCC